GCAUUGGAGGCGGGGCCUCGAGGAAGGGGGGGCGCGCUGUCCUAUGGGGGCCGGGGGCGGAGCUGGCUCCCGGCGCAGCCCCACCCCCGACUCCGGCGCUGGUCGCUAAGGAGCGGAGCGGAGCGGAGCGGGCCGGGCAGCUCCCAGAGAUUGACUGAGAUGCUGAGGUUUCGAUGCUGAGCACUACAUGCUGUAUUACGGAGCUGCUCACCUUGGCUCAUGGGGAAACUGCAGAGUAAAAUCAACUGCAGCACCUCCAAAUACAGGCCUGAUGAUUAUGUGGAAGAGGACAGUCCUGCGCAGGCUGUUCAGCAAUACAGCCCUGCUCACACUGGCGCCGUCACUUCUGUGGCUGCUCUAACAUCAGAUCUCUGUGUGUCGGGAGGAAAGGACAAGGCAUCAGACCGACCGUUGGUUAAAAUAAAAAUGCAAAGGCUGUCAGUACUCCAGGCCACUGACUGUCCACCAGCUGGGGCGGGGAAGGAGUGCCCCUCCCAUUUCCAGACUGUAGUUGUGUAUAACUGGAGAUCGGGAGCAGUGCUGAAGAGGUUCGUGGGACAUCAACGCGAAGUGACUAAGGUGGCCUGUGUCUUUGAAUCCAACAGUUUUUUCAGCGCCUCCCGUGACAAGACAGUCAUGAUGUGGGAGCUACACAGGAACUCGGGGCCGAGCCAGCACUUCCCAGGACAUGACUUGGUUGUAACUGGACUGGCGGUGAGCCCAGAUUCUUUACAGCUGUGCACAGGUUCACGGGACAACACCAUGUGCAAGUGGGACAUAGAGACCGGGGAGUGUCUGCGGAGAGCUGCCAUCUCCAGGAAUCUGGUAACACACCUGUGCUGGGUUCCUGCAGAGCCGUAUGUCAUCCAGACGUCAGAGGAUAAAACAAUCAGGAUCUGGGACAGCCGGGAGCUGCAGGUGGCCCAUAGGUUCCCGGUAAAGCAGUAUAUUCAGACCUACUGUGAUGUAAGCCAGGAUGGCCGGUAUUGCAUCAGCAGCAGCAAUGGCUUUGGUGGGGAGGGCUGCGAAGCCACACUGUGGGACCUAAGGCAGACAAGAAGCCGAGUGCGUGAGUACAAGGGGCAUUUCCAAACCACAGCAUCCUGUGUCUUCCUUCCCAACGGUGUGGGUCUGAUCCCAGUCGUUGCCACUUCAUCACAUGACUGCAUGGUGAAGGUCUGGAACCAAGACAGCGGAGAAAUACCAGCUGCUAACACCUGGCUUGCAGAGGGGCCCGUGGCCACUAGGAGCCCUAGGAAGGCUCAUACAGCAGGGUGCUGUGGCGGUAAUGUCAGCCUGCCUGGUCACCUUGUGUCUCGACGGAUCUGGACCCCUUGCUUCCCUGGCUGUCUGUGACAGCUCCACACUUCUCUGUGCCAGCUUCAACUCAGGAAUUCACUUACUCAGAAUAAACAGCGUUAAAGGCCUGGAGCUCCAGGAGGUGGCAACGUUCUGAUUCGUAGUGACCCUGUCUGCCCCAGACCAUCAUGGUCAAAAUCCAAAACAGGAAUUGCCUCUCUGGUUAAGAAGUCUCUCGGUUGCUGGUACUCAUUUUCUGGCUGACUAGGUUUAAUGGCACCUGAAAUGUCCCUAGCCCCAAAUAAGCAACAGUACAGAGCCAGCAGGGUCAUCAGGUUCCAGUUUCUGAGAUUAUGGAACCUAGCUGCAUCCAUUUUUAAAGCCAAGUCAUAGACGCAUUUAGGCCAAAUUUUAACUUGAAAUAAGCCUUGCGCAUUUGACACACAAAAUCACAAGCAAACUAGUUAUAGGUCUAGUUAGUCUUUAAGGUGCCACCAGACUCCUUGUUGUUUUUGUAGUUAUAGGUCUAACAGUUAGAUGAGAAAAGAGACACAAGCAGAGACUCUAGUGAAACAGGCUGCCAGCCUACAGGGAAGUGUGUUUCUGGGAACAUCCUGCUGACCACGGUGGGGUAGCCUCCAUCCUGUCGUGCAAGUAUCUAUUCCUUGCUAUGCUGCAGGUUGCGUUGCUUUUCUUAUUACAAAGAACCUAUAAACGAAGGCCUGGAUGCUUGUCAGCAGAGGUAAGGAAAAAUCAUGGAUCGUUGUCCCUCUUCCCUUAUCAAUGUUACGUCGGGUUCCCCAUUUGUUGCCACCAGGGCAGAGUCUGGCUCACCGAGAAGCCUGGGUUAUUGAUGCUGUGUGCAGUAGCAGACUGAGGAACAAAGGGUCCAUUCUGUUAUCUCACGUAGAAGCUGAGUACUGUGCUGUGAAGCAGCAAACUUGCUACGGAUCUGAAAACCACCUUUCAGAUGUCAGCAUGUGGAAUGAAUGGCUUGUUUCGGAGCAUACCAGUGAUUGGCUAACUGAAUGAACAUACUAAGAUGUCGACUAGAGAAGCUCAGCCCAGUUCUCAUUGCUCAGGUUCAGUGUGCUGUUUAAUGGUGUCGAACACUGUGCCCCAAAGCGAAUGCUUGUUCUACAACCAGGGUUGGUGUACAUGCACCCUGCUGGAAGGGGGAGAGAAUUCAUGCUCCUAGCCUGUCACCAAAAGCUUUGGCAGCAGCUGUGAAGGUAGCUAUUUCUCCACAAUCCAAGGCAGAAGCAAGCUGAUAAAAAAGACUAAUGGGGUGGAAGAAUCAUAGAAUCAUAGAAUAUCAGAAUUGGAAGGGACCUCAAGAGG